AUGUUCACUUGUCAGCCUCCAGCAAAACAGUUUUCAUCCCUCAGGUCGGUUCUCUACAUCGACGGCUACAUGCAAAUCCUAGUCUUCAGUUGUGAAGAGCUCACACCAAUGUCUUUACGACAUGAAUCUCAAAAAUCUCUUGGGUACCAGUUCCGCAUCAGCCACAAUCUGGUGUCAAGCAUUAUUCCUGAAGUAUGCAAGGCUAUAUAUCAGGUGUUGCAUGAGCAGUAUCUAAAGGCACCAUCUACAGAGAGGGAUUGGAAGCAAGUGGCCGAGGAGUACUACAAACAGUGGAAUUUCCCUAAUUGUAUCGGUGCAUUGGAUGGAAAACGUGUCCUUAUUGCUAAACCUCGGAACUCAGGCUCUGAAUUUUACGACUACAAAGGACAUUUUAGUGUAAUAAUGAUGGCAUUAGUUGAUGCAAAUUACAAAUUUAUGUAUGUGGACGUUGGUGCAAGUGGCCGAGCAAGUGAUAGUGGAGUGUGGGACAGAUGCACUUUGAAAGAAAGCAUAGAGGCGAACAUUUUAAAUAUCCCACCUUCUUCCACUUUACCUGUAUCAAACAAGCAGUGUCCCUGUGUAAUUGUUGGAGAUGAUGCCUUUCCUUUGAAAAACUAUCUGAUGAAACCUUGUCCUGGAAGGGAUCUCAGUGAAGGAAAAUUUAUAUUCAACUAUCGUCCCUCCAGAGCAAGGCGAACAUCAGAAAAUGUCUUUGGGAUAUGGCCUUCUAGAUUUCAAGUUUUCAAAGACCCUAUAAAUACUUCACCUGAAAAUGUGAAAUUAAUUGUGCUUGCCACUUGUGUUUCGCACAACUAUCUUCGCAUUCACUCAAUGAAAACCUACUCCCCACCAGAGUUCUUGGAAUCAGCACCCUCAAAAUGGACUGCAGAGACGAGGCCACAGCAAUUAUGCUAG